CAUGCCAUCGGGUUAGGGAGCUAGCAAAAUAGCCCUGCUAGCGUCCCAUUAGGCCUAGCAGAGAGCACGCAUAAAGCUACCAAAUCUGCUUCCCGGAACGAGCCAAACACCCCUAUAUGAACUGUAUGACAGCUUUUAAAACCUCAGAAAUAUGGUGGUUCUCAAAAUACGAGACCAGCCUCCUCUGCUGAAAGCCAUUUUCAGUGUAGAUCCAGAAGAAGUUCGUGCUCUUAUUUUUAAGAAAGAGGAUGUAAAUGCACAGGAUAAUGAAAAGCGAACUCCUCUGCAUGCUGCUGCUUAUCUUGGAGAUGCAGAAAUUAUAGAGCUACUGAUUCUUUCAGGUGCCAGGGUAAAUGCCAAAGACAACAAGUGGCUUACUCCUCUGCACCGGGCUGUGGCUUCCUGUAGUGAGGAGGCUGUCCAGGUUUUGCUAAAACACUCAGCCGAUGUAAAUGCACGUGACAAGAAUUGGCAGACUCCACUUCAUGUUGCAGCAGCUAACAAGGCUGUGCGCUGUGCCGAGGCCCUGGUGCCUCUGCUCAGUAAUGUCAAUGUGUCAGACCGAGCAGGACGAACCGCUCUGCAUCAUGCAGCCUUCAGUGGUCAUCUGGAGAUGGUGCGCCUCUUGUUAACGAGGGGAGCCAAUAUAAAUGCCUUUGACAAGAAGGACCGUCGGGCAAUCCAUUGGGCAGCUUAUAUGGGUCACAUAGAAGUUGUGAAGCUGCUGGCAUCUCACGGAGCAGAGGUGGCCUGUAAAGAUAAGAAAUCAUACACCCCUUUACAUGCAGCAGCUUCCAGUGGGAUGAUCAGUGUGGUCAAAUACCUUCUGGACUUAGGAGUUGAUAUCAAUGAGCCUAAUGCAUAUGGAAACACACCCCUCCAUGUGGCUUGCUACAACGGCCAGGACGUGGUUGUGAAUGAGCUAAUUGAAUGUGGUGCAAAUGUAAAUCAGGUGAAUGAAAAAGGUUUUGCACCUCUGCAUUUUACGGCUGCUUCUCGCCACGGGGCGCUCUGUCUGGAGCUUCUGGUUUGCAAUGGAGCUGACGUGAACAUCAAGAGUAAAGAUCGAAAGACACCCCUUCACAUGACCGCUAUCCACGGCAGGUUUUCUAGGUCUCAAGCUAUUAUUGAGAAUGGUGCUGAGAUCGACUGUGAAGACAAAAAUGGAAAUACACCUCUGCACAUUGCCGCUCGUUACGGACACGAGCUCCUCAUCAACACACUCAUCACAAACAGAGCCGAUACAGCCAAACGAGGCAUUCAUGGCAUGUUCCCACUGCAUUUGGCUGCUCUUAGUGGAUUUUCUGACUGUUGCCGGAAGCUUCUGUCAUCAGGCUUUGAUAUUGACACCCCUGAUGACUUCGGCAGGACGUGUUUACAUGCUGCAGCUGCUGGAGGAAACCUGGAAUGUCUGAAUCUUCUUCUCAACACUGGUGCAGACUUCAAUAGAAAAGACAGCUUUGGGAGGACCCCACUGCACUACGCUGCAGCCAAUUGUAACUACCAGUGCCUCUUUGCUCUGGUGGGCUCUGGGGCCAGUGUGAAUGACCUGGACGAGAGGGGCUGCACUCCUCUUCACUACGCUGCUGCCUCUGACACAGAUGGAAAGUGCCUGGAAUAUUUACUGAGGAAUGAUGCAAAUCCAGGGAUCCGUGACAAUCACGGCUAUAACGCUGUACAUUACGCCUCUGCUUAUGGACAUCGCCUCUGUCUAGAACUGAUUGCAAGUGAAACUCCCCUAGAUGUGCUCAUGGAAACCUCAGGAACAGACAUCAUGAAUGAUUCAGAUGUCAGAGCCCCUGUUAGCCCCUUGCACCUUGCUGCAUAUCACGGUCAUCACCAGGCUUUGGAGGUGUUAGUACAGUCUUUGCUGGAUCUGGACGUACGAAACAGUCAAGGGCGUACACCUCUGGACUUGGCUGCGUUCAAGGGUCAUGUGGAGUGUGUGGACGUGUUGAUCAACCAGGGAGCCUCCAUCCUGGUCAAGGACUUCACCUUAAAGCGGACCCCGUUUCAUGCAGCCGCUACAAAUGGUCACUCUGAAUGUUUGCGUUUAUUGAUUGGCGAUGCAGAGCUUCCAAGUGCAGUUGAUAUUAAAGAUGGAAAUGGGCAAACACCACUGAUGUUGUCAGUUCUUGGUGGACACACAGACAGCGUGUAUUCUCUGCUUAAUAAAGGAGCCAGUGUAGAGGCUAAAGAUAAAUGGGGGAGGACAGCUCUCCACAGAGGAGCAGUAACUGGCCAUGAGGAGUGUGUAGAAGCCCUUCUUCAGCACAAUGCAAACUUCCUGGUGCGAGACUGUAAAGGGCGCACCCCCAUCCACCUGGCAGCUGCGUGUGGACACUUUGGGGUGUUGGGAAGUCUGCUGCAUGCUGCUCAGUCAGUGCAGACACUACCCCCUUUAGCAGACAACCAUGGCUAUACCCCGCUACACUGGGCCUGUUACAAUGGUCAUGAUACAUGUGUAGAGGCUUUGCUAGAGCAAGAAGUUUUCCACAAGUCAGUGGGCAAUGCAUUCAGCCCUCUCCACUGUGCUGUCAUUCAUGAUAAUGAAGGUGCAGCUGAGAUGCUGAUAGAUACAUUGGGGCCUACAAUUGUAAAUGCCAAAGAUGGUAAAGACAGGACGCCACUGCACGCAGCAGCCUUCACCGACCAUGUGGAGUGCCUGCAGCUGCUGCUGAGCCACAAUGCUCAGGUUAACUGUGUGGAUGCUGCUGGAAAGACCCCUCUCAUGAUGGCAGCUGAGAAUGGGCAGACCAAUGCUGUUGAGUUGCUUGUGAGCAGUGCAAAAGCAGAUCUCACUUUGCAAGAUGCUGCUAAGAACACUGCACUGCAUCUGGCCUGUAGUAAGGGACAUGAAACCAGUGCCUUGUUAAUAUUGGAAAAGAUUACUGAUAGAAACCUCAUCAAUGCCACUAACUCUGCCUUACAGACGCCGUUGCAUGUGGCUGCAAGAAAUGGUUUAACUGUAGUGGUACAAGAGCUGCUUGCAAAGGGAGCCAGUGUACUUGCGGUUGAUGAAAAUGGUUAUACACCUGCCUUGGCCUGUGCCCCUAACAAAGAUGUGGCAGACUGCCUAGCCCUCAUUCUGGCCACCAUGAUGCCUGUGUCCCCCUGCACCCCUGCGCCCAUUCUUCCUUUCAGUGCCAUUAACCACUACACCACCAGCCCCUCCAAGAGCGUCACUUUUGACAGCUUACCUGUGCUGCGCAGCGAGCACACUUCCUACUGCAGCUUCAACAACAUCAGCCACCAUGAUGGUUUUUUCAAGGAUGAAGAGCUCAAUGACUCCGACUCAGAGACUUACUGAGGACCAUAGAAACACAACUGUGUCUUAAAAUUACCCACCGCCAGCUUUGGAGGGCAGGGGAAGAUAGCCCCAACAGGAGCCUUAAGUGACCCCCCCCUUCAGAGGAGAGAGCACAAGAGAGAGAGAGUGCCGCAGGCUGGCCCCCGCUCGUCCCAACCUCAUCCAGCCCCUACUAUCCAUUCAGCAAACAGGACCCAGAGACUGCUCAACACAGUGACACUAAGGGGCAAACUUGUGUUUGACCUGCAGUAGAUGAGGGCAAUAACAGCUGAACAUGGAUGGUAGUGCAGCUAAAGGAUAGGGACCAAAAAGCGUUUUAACCCACAUGUUAUUAUGUGAAUGAAAUUUGAGUUUGUGUUGAGCCCUUUCAGGGCCUUGAAGGAUGCUGGUUUUGAUUUAGAAAAGCUUGGGGUGGUGAAGAUAAAUAAACGCUCACCGCAUGUAUCAUCUGAUGCACUUGUCCUUCAGUUUUCCAAGUCAAAAUGGAGAAAAGUGUUUAUUUUUGGGGAGGAAUAUUUUAAUAAACCAAUGCUCAAGUUAUCAACUUCAAGAAACAACAUUGCUGACACAAAUGAUUAAAUAUAUCACUAUCAGAGAUCAUUUUUAAGUCAAUUGACCACCUUUUGUAUAUUGACUUAACCACAAAGCGAUUUAGUCUGUAAUAAAUUAUUUGUGUUUGUUUGGUUCCUA